UUUUGUUAUUGAUAUGUAAACACUACCUAUUGGCCCUUAUUCAAUGUAGAAUACGACAGUUUUGUUUAAUACUUUAAAAGCAUCUAAAAAUCUUAUGAAAGGUAUUUUUGUUUGUUUAUUAUAUUUGUUAAAUGGGCUAACGUUUAAAAUAAAAAAGUCUCGAUCUAGUUUCUGUGCACCAAGUGCAUCUUUUGUGCCUCUCAAGAAGCCUUACUUUCUCUCCCUUUCUAGUGACAAAGUUAUGUGUUUUGCUCUUCUUACUUAUUUACCACAGUCACUUUUUGAAUUAUCUUUGACAUGUGCUACUAUUCAUGGUGUAAACAAAGAUAAGGUGUAAUUGUUUGCUUAGCAAAAUAGAGGGUAUUUUCUCUUCUAAUGCAUCAAUUCGGAGUUAGUACAAACGAUCCCUGAAGAAUUAUAUUA